CCCGCGCCUUAUCGCGACAUUUAUAUAAAUAUGAUGAAAAUCUCCAAAACCGCACACACAAGCUCAGCUUGUUGUAGAAGACACAACAAUUUUGGGUGGCCAGCGAUUAGCUAAUCGACAUGGCUACUUUUAAGUAUAUGGCUAUGUUAGCCAUCCUAGUAGGCAGCUGCUAUGCAGGAGGAGGGUGGCACAGUCAUAGUUCCGGUUCAGGAUACCACUACCCACCUGGAAACUCGUAUAGCAGUGGACUCUCUGCUCCCGCACCGUUGCCCGCCACCUCGAGCUUCUCACCGAGCAGCUUCCCCGCUGGAUCUCUACCCUCAGCUACAUAUUCCGGCUCGAGUGGAUCCAUUGGACAUAUCAGCCACAGUCUGGGAUCGAGCCAUCUUGGAUCCAGUGGCCUGGGUAACAUCGGUUCAAGCGGCCUUGGCGGGUCAUCCAUCAUCGGAGGUUCUGGCCUUGGAGGAUCUUCCUACACCGGAUCACUCGGCAGUGGUAGUUUCGGAUCUUUUGGAGGAGGCAGCCUAGGUAGCUCCAUCCCAUCCGGUAUUGGAGGUUCCAUUGGAUCUGGAAUUGAUAGCUCUCUCGGAUCAGGUAUUGGAUCAGGAAUCGGAGGUAGCUCGUUGGGAGCACCCCUCGGUGGCUCUUUCAGUGCACCUGCUCUUGACUCUGGAAUCGGUUCAAACUAUGCUCCACUCGCUCCAUCUCUGCCUCUGCCCGCAACUGGAUCUCUAUCAAACGCAGGUGCAGUUGACGGAGCCGCUCCCACCGUUCCUGGCGGUGAGCCUCCACCACCCGGACCUAAGGCUCCAGUCAUCACAAGUAUUCACGGACUGGCUAAUGGCAAUGGGGCCCCGACCCAAUACCGUGUCAGGGAGGAACCUUACCAAGUCUUCAGGGAACAAAUCCACCGAGUGCCCCAGCCAGUACCAGUGCCCGUGCCGCAAACUGUACAGGUUCCAGUCCCACAGCCCUACCCCGUGCAAGUACCAGUGUAUAAGGACGUUCCAGUACCUGUUGUAAAGAUCCAGCAGGUCAAGGUUGACAAGCCAGUACCCUACCCAGUCGAAAAGAUUGUCCGAGUUCCAGUAGAGAAGGUAGUAGAGGUUCCUGUGGAGCGUCGUGUUCCUAUUGAAAAAAUAGUGAAAGUGCCAGUAGUUAAGCUGAUCAAGGUGCCUUACCACGUGGUAAAGAAGUACCCUGUUCCUGUGUUCAAGACCGUGCACCACAAAGCGGUGCCAGUGGAGCACCAUCACUCGCACGGCUGGCAUGGUCAGUCUCAUGCUCACGCCCACUAUGACAUUCAUGACCACGGUGACCUUCACGACCAUCACGACCAUCACGACAUUCAUGACGAUUACCACGACCAUCACGACAUCCACGAUCACGGACACGAUCUGCACGACCACGGCAGCCUCGGACUCGACCAAGGAAUUGACCACCAUCACCAUCAUGGCUGGAACUAAGAUAGAAAAUAUCGAAUCUCAUUUGUUUUCAGAGGUCUCUCCAUAGCAUGAAGACUGAAGUUUAAAGAACCUCAUUUUUUGUUUUACAUCUUUUGUAAAUAUUCAUAUCAUUGCAACGUUAGCUCAUCGGGGCUGCACUCUAGGGUGAUAACUAAGUCAUUAAUUAGGAUAAUACAAAGUUUUUUUGUAAAUAUUUAGUAAUAUAAGGGAUAUAUUACUGUAAUACAAAAAAUAUCCAAAGA